CGACCACAAAUGGGGGUCUCAUCAGAAUUGUUUGUGAUAGGAGUACCUCUCAGUCAGCCUCGCUCCAACACAUUCGGGAUCUAGGGUUUCGAGCUUGCAGGCGUGGAACUUACGACUUGCGUACGCGAGACGCCUCUGUUGCGAGCGAAUUCCCGUGUUUGAAGUACUUUUCUAAGGAUCCUCGACUCGUACAGAAUUGGCGUAUUGUUUCCAGAGACGGCUAUUCUCUCGCAUCACGUUGGUUCAUAGCCACCUGGUGGCUUUCAGCGAAUCCAACGCACCAUGGCCGAGCCGUUGUCGCAGGAGCCGAUGCACUCACAGGGACUGUACGGGGAGCGCGAUUCCACUCAAGGGCGAGGGGGCGGCGAUCCGCUGCGUUUCCUGGAGUUCUCGACGCAAGGCGAGGAUGCGGAGUACGAAUACGCCACGCAGUUCCACGAUCUCAGCCAGCCGUCCAGGCCCGAUGCCGUGGGGACCGUCGGAUGGGGGGAUUUGCACCUAGGAGCGUCGAACUCGUCGAAUCCGGCCGAUGCGUUACGAGCGCAGGAAGCGGCGUACAGGAAAGACGCCGCCGCGAGUCAACCUGGCGCGUUCGCGGAAAACGGGCUGGCGGCGAGGGACGAUGCAGGGCGGGCGGGGUUGGGUGCUAGCAUGGCGGGCACGGGCGCUGGCGUGGGCGCGGCGG